UGCAAAUCAACCCACGUGGUUUGGUCGUGAAUAAAACUUUCCCAUUUAUGUUGAUUCGUUCAUUUACUGGGAUUUUCCGUACGGUACGUAACGCAUCAAACAUGGCUUUCCAACUCAAGAGAGUGCUCAUCAGCGACUCGCUGGAUCCUUGCUGUGCAAAGAUACUAGAAUCGAACGGGAUUGCUGUCGACACCAAUACAAAACUGACGAAGGAACAGCUUGUGGCUGAAAUACCGAAGUAUGAUGGCUUGAUUGUUCGAUCUGCAACCAAGGUAACGGCCGCAGUGAUAGAGGCUGCAACCAAUCUGAAAAUUAUCGGUCGUGCUGGGACUGGGGUCGAUAAUAUUGACCUCAAUGCAUCCUCCAAGAAAGGUGUCAUUGUAAUGAAUACUCCAUCUGGUAACACACUGAGUGCAGCUGAGCAUACCUGUGCCAUGAUCUGUGCUAUGUCUAGGAACAUUCCCCAGGCACACAUGUCAAUGAAGUCUGGGAAAUGGGACAGGAAAGCGUUCAUGGGUUCCGAACUGUACGGCAAGACAUUGGGUAUUAUAGGAUUGGGAAGAAUCGGUAAAGAGGUUGCACUACGAAUGCAGUCGUUUGGAAUGACGACUAUUGGUUUUGAUCCCAUCAUUCCAGCCUCUGUAUCAGCUGAAUUUAACACUGAGUGGAUGACAUUGGAUAAACUGUGGCCACUUGCUGAUUACAUUACAGUGCACACUCCUCUUAUUCCACAGACUAAAGGCUUACUGAAUGAUGAAACGUUUGGUAAAUGCAAGAAAGGUGUUCAUGUUCUAAAUAUUGCACGUGGUGGGAUCAUAGAUGAAGAUGCACUUGCCAGAGCUCUAAAGUCAGGACAGUGUGGUGGAGCUGCACUAGACGUCUUCGUAGAGGAACCACCAACGAACAGAGAUCUUGUGGAUCAUCCCAAUCUUGUUGCCACACCGCAUUUAGGCGCCAGUACGGCAGAAGCACAGAAACGAGUUGCCGAGGAGAUCGGCCAACAGUUUGUAGACUUGGUACAGGGAAAGAGGUUAGAAGGCGGCGUGAAUGCAAUGGCUUUGAGCAAUGCCUUGCAACCUGGUACACGCCCACUUGUAGCAUUGGGGCAAGGAUUAGGAGCUGUUGCUGCAGCAUUGGCUGGCAAGAUCACGAAUAAAACAACGGUCAAAAUCAAUACAUAUGGUCCCGAUCUCCAGUCGGCUGCCUCAUUUCUUGGCGCUGCAGUGUCUGUUGGUUUGUUGAAAGUACAGAUCGCUAAUUCCCUCAACCUGGUGAAUGCUCCAUUCUAUGCUAAAGAGAUUGGUGUAAAGGUAAGACUUGUCACCAAUUACUAUGUUUUUUGGAUGGCGUUGAAGUUUAGUUUUUGA